AUGGAUGGUGAAUUUGAUCGUGAGGUAGAUGAUGAUGGGUGGGGCCCGUUAUCUCUACAGGCAGAGUGGAUCUUAAAGGGCAUAGGGAAAGAAGAUGGAGUUGUGGUGACAGCGAAAGGGAGGGAAAAGUAUGCUGAUAUGCUGCAAGAGCUUAUCGAAGGGAGAGAAAAUGAAAGAUCCUCACUAGGAGAUCUCAUCUGGGUACGUGGGAAAGAAGAGCUAGCAAAAGGAGAUGCAGCAAGGAAGAAAGCAGCGCUAGGCAGCAUUUUGCUCCGCAGAAAAUAUAAACAGGCCGUAAAAAAGCAUUUUAGAAGACUUGCUAGGUGGCAGACGUUGGGAGUAGCCCACAGAGGGACAGAGCAUCUUACUAAUGUAAAAAAGGCAGCUGAGAAAGGUUUGACAGGGAUUACCCCCACCCCAAAUACAGACAUGAGAUUAUUCAAAUCAGCACACACACACAGUAAGACACAGAAGGACACACCCACCAACAUAAAGGGUGCCACCCCAGCUCCGCCUCCACCAGCUACCCCUCCCUCUAUCCUGCCUCCUCCCACCGCUGAACGAACGAAUCCUUUCUCAGGUCUCCACCCCUCAGCUCCGCCUCCCACAGCUCCGCCUCCCAAAGCUCCGCCUCGACCCCCACCUUACCACUCCGCUCAGUCUGGUUUUCACAGAAAAAAACUCUCACCCACUAAUCCUUUUGUGAGCACUUCUCUCUACCCAGUGAUCAACAUCAAUGAAGGACAUCUGAAGAUUGACAUACCCCCCACCAUGAUGCCUCAACAGCCGGACCCCUCCCUGACUUCUCACAUUCCUGGACACAAGGCACCAUCCAUGGCCUCUAGGACUUCUGGUACCACCACCAUCGACCUCUCAGACUACGAGGACAGAGAAGGCAACAAUACCUACAGAGACAUGGAUGAAGACAGCGACUCUGAAGCCGAGGACAGCGAGGAGGAGGAAGAGGAGGACCAGCUCGAUGCACCAUUCGGAGACCGUCAGGCCCGCUUUUUGAGUGAGUUUAAAAAAGAAUUACAAUUUAAAUCUUUGCCCACACCAGAUUCACUGCCCGCACCUGAGCCACAGCAGAGAUCCACCCCCAGGGGAUAGGUUAAGACGGUGAUACCGUCCCCGAACAGAGGCUCACAGAGUCCACAGAGUUUGCCCUGCACAGCCCAACUCACGGUAAGAGGUACAUAUGACCCCAAUCCUACCAAGAGCACUCUCAAUAAAAUACUGCAAGACACCCUAGAUGUUACAGGUGCAGAGCUCAUGCGCAGCAGAGUGGAGGAGGAACUCAGACAGGAAGUGAGAGACGAAAUGCUCAGCACCAUGAGAGAUGAGAUGCAGAGGACCACCAGAGGCUCCACCGUCAACUAUACGGAUAACACGGACGCCAGUGAAGCCAUGGCCCGACCCACUGCCACCCUGGAGGAACAGCAGCGUAUGACGAACGAAAAAAGGGUGAGUGCACCUCUCAGCCACCAUCACUUCACACGCUCAAAAGCCAUGUUACCUCCAGCAUAUCCAGACGCAGCUACAGCACACCACAGCUCCUCCGCUUUCCCUCUGGUUGAAUCCAGUGGUGGACACAAAAUCUAUAAACCAUUCGCUGUUAGCGAUACACAAACCAUCAGUGAUAAGCUGCCCCCCAUCUCUGAGGGAGGCAACUUAUGGCUGGACAAAUUGGACUGCCUGACUAAAGGCCAAGAUCUAGCCCUCGGCGAUUUCAGGGCUAUUCUCGUGCUCUGUGUCACCCCUACCGAACUCAGGGACAUCGAAACCUGUGCAGGCACCAUUUCCUGCAAUGAUGACAGGCAGCUAGUCACAGUAAUUAGGGCUCUGCGUAACGAGCUCCGUUCCAAAUACCCGCUUCCCAACGGUCCAAUGAUCCCCAAGUUCUCAUGGGACAAAAGUCUCUCUCCUAGCGAGUAUCUAGCCCAGUGCAAGGAACAAUGGUCCAAAUAAACGGGGGUUCACCCCAGUAAGGGCCAGGAACAUUGGUUUAGAGAUGCUGUAAUUAAAGGUGUUCCAGCAGACGUUAGAGAACACUUGGAAAACAGCCCAGACCUUCCGGGCUCAACCUGCCUGGUGUGGGAACGACAUCUCAAACACCACCUACAGAGAGCGAAAGACAGAGCUGACAAAGAAGGUGAUGAUGACAAAGACAUGCAGAGACAACUUAUGAAGCUGCAGCUCACCCAGGCUCGGAGAAAUAUCACUGAGGGUAAGAAAGAUCGUAAUACAGAUAAAAUUAUGAUUGCCGCUGCCUCUAACGACCCACAGAUUUCACCUGACAUGUACCCAGUGCCCCAGCGGGCAGAUUGUUCUCCCUAUUCUCCUCCCACAGAUCAAUCUCAGGGUUCGUGGGGCGGAGGACGUGGAGCGAGGUCUGGUGGACCCUACAGGGGAGGAGGUUUCCAGGGCAGCAGGAGAUUUCGUAACAACGGCCCUCCCCGCCAGGGCGGUUACUGGAAUCAGGCACAAACAGCACCUACACGCAACAACGCCUGCCACUCCUGCGGCAUGAAUGGACACUGGUGGCGUGAAUGUCCGAACUAUCCACCAAACCCUCCGCAGCAACACAGCUACCCGAUGCGUGGCAUGGCCCGUGGACCACCUCCGCUGAGACAGGGAGGACCACCCCCACGGCAGCAGCAGCAGCAACAGCAGCAGCAGCAGGCCCACCAGUUUCCAGUCGCAGUCACUGCCUGGGACCAGACCUGGGAGGCUCAGGACGCCUACCAGUAUCCUCAAUGA